AUGUCAACAGUACAAAGUGAAAAUGAAAACGCACAAAACGAACUCCAUGAAAUCAGACACGGUGUAAAUCAAGUAGAAGAGGAUAUUGCUGAAUUAAGGCGUCAGAUGAAAAAUCAUCCAAAAAAGAAUAAAACAAGCACUAAAACUGAUACAUUAUCUCAACUAGAUUCGUCACCUCAACAACAGAUCGAAGAUACAAAUCGUAGAUUAGACAACAUUGAAAAACAAAUUAAUGAAAUAAAAGAUGAAUCGUCUAAAAAACAUAAAAAAUCCAAGAAGCAACAGAAUGAAGAAAUUUUGCAGAUGAUUAGAGAACUUAAGGCUAAAGUUAGUGAAUUGGAAGCCAAAAUACCAGAACAAAAGCAGCCAAAGGUUUACCAAGCAUUUGUUGAGAUACCGUCUACACCGGGUGUUGUCCAGCUUUGUUUGAAACAUUAA